AUGUCAGCCGAAAAACGCCCUGCGGACGACGAUCCCAACGAUCCUAGCGUCUCCCAGUCGCUGGUCAAGAGACAGAAUGUCAACGCUUCAGAGGGAGCGCUGGCUCGACUCAAUGCAUCCAGCAAUGCAUUGGUACAGACGGCGCCGAGGACCAGCGCGCUCCAGGCUCCGGUGAUGGAGCUGACGGGACACUCUGGGGAGAUUUUCGCGGCCAAGUUCGACCCGACAGGCAACCUGAUUGCUUCUGGAUCGAUGGACCGAAGUAUAAUGCUCUGGAGGACGUACGGCGACUGCGAAAACUACGGCGUGCUCAAUGGCCACAAGGGAGCUGUUCUGGACCUGCAAUGGUCGCGAGACUCGGAGAUUCUCUACUCUGCCUCGGCCGAUAUGCAUCUGGCUAGCUGGGACCUCACUUCGGGCACACGAAUACGAAGAUACAUCGGACACGAAGAGAUUAUCAACUCCCUGGACAUUAGCAGACGAGGCGAGGAGAUGCUGGUCAGCGGGAGCGACGAUUCGACGAUUGGCAUUUGGGACCCACGGACAAAGAACGCUGUUGACUACAUUGAGACCGAGUUUCCCAUUACAGCUGUUGCCAUAUCGCAAGCCGGCAACGAGAUUUACACCGGAGGCAUAGACAACGACAUCCGGGUGUGGGAUUUGAGAAAGAAGGCGGUGGUGUAUUCCCUGCUGGGCCACACAGACACCAUCACGUCGCUGCGAGUAUCACCCGAUUCGCAGUCUCUGCUGUCCUAUUCAAUGGACACGACGGCGAGGACGUGGGAUAUCCGUCCGUUUGCGCCAACAGAGAGGCAUAUCCGUACCUUUGACGGAGCGACGACGGGAGUGGAGCAGAAUCUGCUGCGCGCCAGCUGGGAUUCAGAAGGCAAAAAGGUUGCAGCAGCUUCAGGCGACGGCACAGUGGUGAUUUGGUCUGCCCAGACCGGCAAGCUGAUGUACAAGCUGCCGGGCCACAGAGGAACGGUCAACUGCGCCGAGUUUUCGCCGGGCAAGGAUCCUAUUUUGCUCUCCGCCUCAUCGGACCGGACUAUGCUUCUCGGUGAGCUGAAGUGA